CCUCACAAUAUAAAUACAGCUGCGCACUAUUAUCAACAGAGACAUUUUCACAGCAUAAUUUAAAAUAGCAGCAACUAAGAUAAAAUCACUUUAUCAGCUUUUAUUUUUCAAUAAUCCUUUUCACACUCGUCUUCACAUCUUAACAAUGCCAUUUCUUGGUCAAGACUGGCGCUCACCUGGUCAAAGCUGGGUGAAAACCGAGGAUGGAUGGAAAAAAACAACGAAAGAGGAGAACGAGACGAAUAACAAUGUUUCGGAACGGAAAGGCUAUUGCAAAGAAGAAUAUGACAAGGAGAAUUUGAUCAUCAGCAUUAACUAUGAUGUGGCAGCGAAGAAGCGGAAAAAGGACUUGCUGAACAACAACACUAAGAUUCCUUAUUUUCACAGAGAUAAAUGGAUAUAUGUUCACAAAGGAAGUACCAAGGAGCGUCAUGGAUAUUGUACGUUGGGAGAAGCGUUUAAUCGCUUGGACUUCUGCAGUGCCAUCAAGGAUACCAGGCGAUUCAAUUAUGUUGUUAGGCUGCUGGAGCUCAUCGCCAAGUCCCAACUGCCUUCUCUUAGUGGAGUGGCACAGAAAAACUACAUGAACAUUCUGGAAAGGGUUGUGCAAAAAGUUCUAGACGAUCAGCAAAAUGUUCGACCAAUUAAAGAACUGCUACAGACGCUACAUGCAUCAUUGUGCAGUCUGGUUCAGGACAUGGGGAAGUCUGUCCUGGUAGGCAACAUCAACAUCUGGGUGCACCGCAUGGAGAACAUACUGCAAUGGCAACAGCAGCUCGACAACAUUCAGAUCAACAGGCCCACAAACAAAGGGAUGACAUUCCUUGACCUGCCAGCUAGCUUACAGCUGAACGUCAUGCACCGUCUGUCCGAUGGACGAGAUCUGGUCAGCCUGGGUCAAGUAUGCCCAGACCUAAGUGUGCUGACAGAAGAUCGUCUGCUUUGGAAGAAACUCUGCCAGUAUCACUUUACAGACAGACAGAUCCGCAAGCGUCUAAUGGUGUCAGAUAAAGGCCAGUUGGAAUGGAAAAAGAUGUAUUUCAAACUCUGCCGGUGCUAUCCACAUAAAGAGCAAUACAGUGACACACUACAGUUCUGCACGCACUGCCACAUCCUAUUCUGGAAGGAUACAGACCACCCUUGCACAGCCAAUAAUCCAGAGACCUGCUGCAAGCCAGUCUCUCCACAGGGGUUUAUCAACCUUUUCAAGUUCUAGGGGGCGCUGCGUGAGCUGCCAUGUGUAUAUAGUGUCAAUAGUGAUAAGGAUUCCUGGAUGACUUGAGGCAGGGAAGAAGCAGGUGUCUGAUAGCAUUAAAAGAUUUUUGUGAUGAAGCAAGUAUGGAAACUACAUGUAAGAGUAAUAAGUUGUGUUUGGGCAAUAUUCGAAGGUUGUGUUUAUUUAUAAGGAAUAUAUGUCUAUUUAUUUAGCACGGAUCAUGUUUACUUAGAAGAAAGUUUGGGAUCAGAAUGAAAUUGAAAUGAUCCUACUUGCAUUUAAAGUUGCCCGCUGCC